GAGCGGGCGGGACCCGGGCGUCCCGCUGUGUGCGGGCAUCCCCGGCCACCACGCAAUGUCCGCCGGCUGGUUCCGGCGCCGCUUCCUACCCGGGGGAUUAUCAAUGCAGAGAAAUCCGAAUUCAAUGAGGAUCAGGCUGCUUGCGGGAAGCUGUGCAUCCGGCGAUGUUUAUUUGGGAUUGCGGAAGAUCAAGAGUGGCUGACGGUGUGCCCAGAGGAGUUCCUCACAGGUCAUUACUGGGCACUGUUUGAUGGGCACGGUGGACCUGCAGCAGCCAUUUUGGCUGCCAACACCCUGCAUUCCUGCCUGCGCCGGCAGCUGGAAGCCGUGGUAGAAGGCAUGGUGGCUACUCAGCCCCCCAUGCACCUCAGUGGUCGCUGUGUCUGCUCUAGUGACCCCCACUUUGUGGAGGAAAAGGGCAUCCGGGCAGAAGACUUGGUGAUUGGGGCCCUGGAGAGCGCCUUCCAGGAAUGUGAUGAUGUGAUUGGGAGAGAGCUGGAGGCCUCAGGCCAGGUGGGUGGCUGUACAGCCCUGGUGGCUGUGUCCCUGCAGGGGAAGCUGUAUGUGGCCAAUGCUGGGGAUAGUAGAGCCAUCUUGGUGCGGAGAGAUGAGAUACGGGUGCUGAGUACUGAGUUUACCCCAGAAACAGAGCGGCAGCGGAUCCAGCAGCUGGCCUUUAUCUACCCUGAGCUUCUAGCUGGUGAGUUCACCCGACUGGAGUUUCCACGACGGCUGAAGGGGGAUGACUUAGGAGAGAAGGUUUUGUUCAGGGAUCAUCACAUGAAUGGCUGGAGCUACAAACAGGUGGAGAAGUCUGAUCUCAAGUACCCACUGAUUCACGGACAGGGUAGGCAGGCUCGGUUACUAGGAACACUGGCCGUCUCCCGAGGCCUGGGAGAUCACCAGCUCAGAGUCCUGGACACCAACAUCCAGCUCAAGCCCUUCCUGCUCUCCAUCCCACAGGUGACUGUGCUGGAUGUGGACCAGCUAGCAUUGGAAGAGGAGGAUGUGGUCAUCAUGGCAACUGAUGGGCUCUGGGAUGUCCUGUCCAAUGAGCAGGUGGCCCGGCUUGUGCGGCGCUUUCUCACUGGGAACCGAGAGGACCCACACAGGUUCUCAGAGUUGGCCAAAAUGCUGAUACACAAUACACAGGGGAAGGAUGAUGGUGCCACCGGAGAAGGGCAGGUGUCCUACGAUGACGUCUCUGUGUUCGUGAUUCCAUUGCACAGCCAGGACAAAGGGAAUAGUGGCCAGUGAGGACUCUAUACGGCACUCUAUAAUCUCUUCAGGACCAGUGCAGUCUGGGCAUAUGUCCACUGUGGCCAAGAGUGGGCCCUGUCUGGUCUGUCCCCAGCCACAGCCGAAUGCUCUUGCUUUCUGCCUUAACUAUCUGUUUCAAAGAGAACAGUGGGUGGAGAGUCCCACCUUCUACAACGGUAACAGCCCUCUGGCAGAGGAACUUUACAACAUAUGGCAUCUUUUGGCUCCUCAGCAGCCUAAAGGGUUUAGGGUGCUAAGAUGCCUUGGGGAGCAGGUAGUGAGCUCAUUUCUUCCAACCCAUGAAUGUCAGGUCAUCCAUUCAACCAUCCAUCCACACAAAGCGCCUUCUUGAAACUGAAGUGUUACAUCUGCUGGAUCAGCUCUUAAAAACUUUGUUUUUAAGAUAGGAUCUCUAUUAUGUCAUUCUGGCUGUCCUGGGACUUGCUAUGUAGACCAGGCUGGCCUUGAACUCAGAAAGAUCACCUGUCUCUGCCUCCUGAGUACUGGCUGGACCAGCAAUCUUGAAGACAGCUUCUGAGACCAGUUCAGAUCCUGCCCUGCUCUCUGCCAGUGGAGGGCACAGGUCCCAGAUAAAAGUUGGGAGAGCAAAACAGGGUGAGAGAGACUUCCAGAGUUGGCUAGGCCUGGAAUCUGGAAUUUGGUUGCUUUUCCCCAGCCCCAGGCCUGCCCUAUACCUAUGCCAACAGUGUCUGUUCUGUUGUUCCCCAGAUCUUAUGCCAAGUACAUACACUUCUCAGCUAGGCAGUUCUUGUUUCUACCCCUCCACUUUUAGUUGCCUAGCAUUGUUUCCACCCGCUCUGCUGUCCUCCUGCCCAGCCUCCAAGGAUUCACUCGCCUCUCCGCCAGCACUGACCACAUACAGCUUUCCCUGCAGGGACUCAGCCAGCCUCUGGUAUUAAAUGCUUGUAUAUAAAAGAGCCCUUGUGAAACAUGAAUUGCUCAGCUUUGGUUGA